AUGAGAACACAAGUUUUUGUCAACAGAAAUGGUUUUGCAGUCCACGUACAAGAGUCCACACCCGCAUCAGUACACGACUCGACUUCUGUAAAACAGGAUUUGUUAAACGUUUUGUUUUAUGGAAACAAAUUGUUUCUUGGUGAUGGGGGAUACGCUGGAUGCUGCAAUUUCGAUGCAACCACGUUAUUGAAGGUAGAAGGUUUACAAGAAAAAUUACAAGGAAGAUUUUCUGGUUUGAUUGUCCAAGGUGUGUUUACUGGCAAAUUUGAGAGUACCUCUGGUUUGAAUAAAGUGUGUUUUUCCAAAUGUGUAUUUAAAACAAACUACAACAUUGAUGACAACAAUGAAUUUUCGUUUGUCAAUAAUGGUGUUGUAAAGAAAGGGUCGCUUAAUGGAAUCUCUCAAUUCAAUAACACCAAAUUUAAAGGACAAUUAUUGAAGGUUUAUCAUGGUAAAGUCUUACUUGAACUUAGAAACUCGUUUAUUUCGAGUUGUAGAAUUGUGGUUGAAAAUCACUUUGCUCGUUUGGUCACCUAUUUUCCAAGAAUGGAUGCAGUUUGGAACAACAAUUUAACCAUUUACAAACUCUCAGUCCAAAUUUGUCAUGGUCUAACAAACUAUUUAAUUUCUUUAAAACCUUUGAGAGACCCCAUUGGUGAUGAAACAAAAUUGCCAAAAACGGCAAAGAAAUGUCUCCAAAUUUUGAAUAGAGUUGAAGAAAUAAACUAUUCAACUGAAAGUGAUGACUGUUUCCUUUUUGAUGAAAGUAAAAUCAUUUGA